UGUACUCCCGCCAUGUCUCCCCUUUCCUCUUCUGGGUCUUCUGGUGUGACUUCCUUCAUCCAGAUUUUCCCAAAUCGUGUGAGCUUUCGCCGCGUCUCUGAGUGAGAGGGGCCUCCUUUCGACUGUCCUCUGCUUAAGCGACACGUUCUCAGCCGGAAGUUUCUUCCGGGACCGUGCAGGGUACUCGAGAGGGUUGGCAUGACCCCGAGUCCCUGAGCCCAGCGCUCCGCGAGUCUGGAGGUGGCUCACCGGGCGACGGACCUGGAGGAAUCCCUCAGGAUGAAGCUGAGUCUUACCAAGAUAGUUAAUGGCUGCCGCCUAGGAAAAAUAAAAAACCUAGGCAAAACAGGGGACCGCACCAUGGACAUUCCAGGCUGCCUUCUGUACACCAAGACUGGCUCUGCCCCACACCUGACCCAUCACACACUGCACAGUAUCCACGGGGUUCCUGCCAUGGCUCAGCUUACACUGUCAUCACUGGCAGAGCAUCACGAAGUCUUGAUAGAAUAUAAGGAAGGAGUUGGAAAGUUUAUAGGUAUGCCAGAAUUGCUCCUGUACUGCUCCCUGCACGACCCAGUCAGCCCCUGCCCAGCUGGUUAUGUAACAAAUAAGUCUGUAUCUGUGUGGGGUGUUGGAGGACGAGUGGAAAUGACUGCUUCCAAGUUCAUGGCAAUUCAGCAGGCCCUUCAACCAGACUGGUUCCAGUGCCUCUCAGAUGGAGAAGCAUCUUGUGCAGAAACAACUUCUAUAAAAAGAGCCAGGAAGUCUGUUGACCGAUCGCUUCUAUUCCUGGAUCAUUGUCUGCGGCUACUGGAAGAGUCAGAGGUCCUUCAGAAAAGUACGAUCAUUGGAGUGAUUGAAGGUGGAGAUGUGGUGGAGGAGAGGCUGAGGUCAGCACGAGAGACAGCCAAGCGGCCUGUAGGUGGCUUCCUCCUGGAUGGCUUUCAAGGGAACCCAGCAACUCUGGACACUCGACUGGACUUGCUGUCAUCAGUUACCGCAGAGCUGCCGGAAGACAAACCAAGGCUCAUCUGUGGUGUGAGCCGGCCAGAUGAGGUGCUAGAGUGUAUCGAAAGAGGAGUGGACUUAUUUGAGAGUUUUUUCCCUUAUCAAGUGACAGAGCGCGGAUGUGCCCUGACUUUCAGCUUUGAUUACCAGCCAAAUCCUGAGGAGACAUUAUUACAACAAAAUGGGACACAGGAAGAAAUAAAAUAUGUGGAUCAAACAAAGAAAAUGAAAACAACCAGUGGCUACCAAGAAAUGACAUCAUUUGAAAUUAAUCUGAAGGAAAAAAAGUACCAGGAGGACUUUGACCCAUUGGUGAGAGGGUGUUCCUGUUACUGCUGUAAGAAUCAUACUCGUGCGUACAUCCACCAUCUGCUGGUGACCAAUGAACUGUUGGCCGGAGUCCUGCUUAUGAUACACAACUUUGAACACUACUUUGGAUUUUUCCACUCUAUUCGGGAAGCACUAAAAAGUGACAGACUGGCACAGCUGAAAGAGCUCAUCCACAGGCAAGCGUCUUGAGACCUGGCACGCGGAAGUCUGACUGCACAUGGAGCCAGUAUCACUGCUGUCAUGUGGGAAGAAGAGAACAAGAGAUGAUCCUAGCGUUCAUCAUUUAUGUUGGAGAAUCAGGUCUGCUCGGAUAAGGAGCAGCUGUUCCAAACUCUCCCACAUGAGGCUAAAGAGAUUUUUUUCUAAAGACUUAAGUGACCUGAUUGAUCAGAAAGAAUUGAACCAUGACCUUUAAUAUUUCUGUGCUAAAUAACUCUUUUAGUCAAUAGAGAUUCGUUUAGUCAAAGACAAAAGCUUUAGCUGUGAAGAGACGUCCGUGAAGUGGCGAUAAUGAGAUUCUGAGGGUUCACUGUGCUGGAUUGGAGCUUAAAGGGAGACGAUUGGUCACGAGUAGCAUGACCUUGUGGAAACAUGCCUGUUGACUGGAGAGGGAAUCUGCUUGAUUCAAGGGUUUUCUUUAAUUCUUAUAUUCUCUGGGGCCUCUUUCAGACACUUUUGCCUUCCAAGCUGCCCCAGCAGUACAGUCAAUCAGAAAGGGCUCUUGCAAUUUAACCAGGCUCACCUCUCCAUGGAACGUGGGGCUCACACAUUGUUCCUAUGACCUGUUGCCUCAGUGCACACUCCUUCAUUUGGCUACACGGUCUAUUUGUGAUUUGUCUCCCCAGAGCUAAUUGGAAGUUUACCUGUAUCUGGUUGUACAGAUCCAUUAUUGUCUUCCCUUCAGGUUCAUGAAUAGUCUGACCACAUAAUAACUGAUGCCCCAUUGCUUGGGGAGAUUCCUCCACCAUGUGUUCACUUGCACAGAGCAUUGGACUAGUGAGUAGAGAAUUGGGUUUCUCUGCUACUCUCUUCAUGCCUGUUCCCUCCUGAAUAAAUGGGAACAGGCAUAGUGGAUAGGACUCAAUGAACUUCUAAGGUUCCAUCUAGCUCUAAUAUUUGGGGAACAAAAAGCUUUAGAUUACAGUCAUAGCCUUACUUGUUCUUGUUUAUUGCUCACCAUCGGCCUGAUGAAAAUUCAGCGGUUCCAGGAGCCAGGCAAGAGUAGAGAGACGUUUGAGAGCCUAAAAAGAGGUUUGGUCUGGAUUUUGAAGUGGUUUGCGAAUAGGCAUUAGCACAUUCUGAGGCUGGAAAGACCUUCCCAGAUCAUCUCUGAUUCUGUGAGUUUUUUUCUGCUCUUGCCAGAGGAGUGACAUUGGUGUUGAUGGUGUGACAGUUUAUUUUAACUUUUUGUGUGCUUUCUACAUUUAUGAAGUUUUCUAUAAGAAUACACAUAUACAGACACGUAUACACAUGGUUUUUGUAAAAACAACAGAACCAAAGAAAUGCCUUUGCUCUGUUUGUAGGAGUGAAAUAGAUUUGUUUUAUAUUAUUGUGCUAUAUUUUGCUGUUUGUUCAUUUUAGUGGGUGUUGCUGAACAUUUUCUAAAAAUUAUUAUGUGGUUACUAUAUUUUUAUGUGUUGGAUGCCCACCUAUAUGGUUUUCUUUUAUUAGUGGUAUAGGCAUGUCCAUGAAUUCUGUUUUGGAAUUCACGAAUUUUGGAAUCCAUAGACAUUCCUGUGACCGCUCUCCUCCAUGAAUGACAAGGAUACUUAUGAGAAACAGAAUCUGUGUUCUCAAGGAUCUGAUUGUUUUGAAAUACGCUGGGUGUGACUUGUUCAUAUGUUUAUAUUCCUGUUCAAUCCAGAUCCAUUUUUAGAAGAGUAUUAGUAAAUAUCCCAGAAUUCGUAUAAAUGUAUGAGCUUUAUUUAUGUUCAAAACACUGAAAAUUCUGCCCAAUAUUGUCCAUUUUUCUGGGUCUUUUUCUUAUUACCAUAUUUGGGGGGAAAAUGUUUCUUUAAUGUAAAUCUGUUAAAGUCCAUAGCCAAUAAAUAUUUUUAAUUAAAAAUA